UGCACAGAAGUUUUGCAAGCUGUUUACAAUUUUAUGAAUAGCCAUGGAUUUAAAACGUGUGGCCGAAUCAAAUUACGGACCAGACGCCAAACGAGAAGCACAUAAAAAUCAAAAUGAUGAAGAGCAAUUAGCACCACAUAAAGGCAACGCUGUCGGACCAUCAGAGCAAGAAAAAGAAAUGGAUAAAGACAGUGACUCCAUGAGUAUGGAAGCAGAGCGUGGGAGUCUGUCGCCCACAAGUCAGUCACAAAAAACACUCAGCGGGCUGGAGCCGUAUUUUUUCCAACAGACGCCUGCAGAGCCCGAGCCGCUUUCAGAGAUGAUAUCCACAGAUGCUGUACCUCAAGAUGCAACAAAUAAGUCUGAUGAUAAUGCCAAAGAAGUUAAACUAACAAGAAAGAUUAUCAAGCAAAAUCGUAGGCAACAACACGAGCUGCGCCACCAGAAUGCGCUGCGUGCAUUAGCAUUAGAGCGUGAGCUGGCUCCCAAUAUAUCGCCAACCCCCACUCUGCUAAUACGUUUUCCAGAUCCAGAGAUUAACGCUUCCACCGUCUUGGACGUUUCACAAAACAUUAGAGAGGUGGUGUUUCCUGUGUCUACGGCACCGCGCCAGUGUAUGGUACAUCUGAAGCCCGGCGUGAAUAUAGAACACACCAUCGCGGACAUAAAUCGCGUUCGAUUCGGCAACGGCAAUUUGCAUGCUGAGCUAAAGAACUACACCGACGACGAACUUGCGGAUGCCCUUGAUCCCUGUAAUCUGUAUAUCAGCAAUAUACCGUUCAACAUGAAGACCGCUGAGUUAAAAACAUUUCUGAAUGCCAUGCGCGUCGAUAUUGGCGUCAUGAAGCGUCAGAAACGUGCGCGUUAUGCAUAUGCACGUUACUCUAAUGCCGAGCUGGCUUUGGAAGCUUUCAGAACGCUGUCAACCAAUACUCUACAGAAUCGUAAGCUCACUGUGCGCUACAGACGGUUUCGCAGCCGCCGGGGACCGACAACUACUGACUCAUCAUGCUGCAACACAUCCCAGGCCAGUGCAACUGAAGAAGACACAACAGAAUGCAGCGUCAUAUUACCACCACCUGUGGAACCUAUUGUCAUCAGUGACAGCGAUGAGCAGUGCUCCAAUGAUAGUACUGACAGCAUUGAUCACAAGAGCAAAAGUAAACUUAACAAAUAUGAUAAAAAAUUUCAAAAACUACAGCGGCAAAUGGCAGAACAGGCGUCUCUGAUUAAAUCUCUCCAAGAGAGCCUUAUCAACGGUCGUGUGAAGAUUGAACCGCAGUCUGAGUUAACCACGGAUAAGAUUUCGAUGGUACCGCGAUCAAUCUCACCAUGUUCCAACUUUGAUAUCAAAAUGGAAAAUGACUAUUUGGGUGUAGCUCAGAGUACUCUUGAUCCGGACCCCAAAUAGCAGGCGAGAUGUGGAGUAUGUCGUAAAACGGAGUAAACCGCAGUAUUUACUAUGUAAAUUUUGUUUUU